UUCGCGCGUCGCUGUGCCGUCGUCACCGCAGUCGUUGUCCGCCGUCGCCGUACGCACAUUCUCGUACGUAUCGUCACACGCCGUCUUCGCCUACUACUGUCGCGGGUUAAACAUCACGCCGUGUUUUUAUUUCACCCUGCGAUGUAAUGUUACCAGUACGCUGUUGACAAGUUACCGCUAAACCCGAAUCAGUCGUCAUAUUCGUAAACCCACGUGCCUAAUAUUAUAAUAUUAUAUUACAAGACAAAUCGACCGAUAUUUCAAUUAUCUUAUCAACGUGAGCGAUAUACGUUUACGGGUGAUUAUUCCGUCGUCUCGUCAUUAUUCUCGUCCAGCGGAAAACCACACGAUUAUGACGCGAAACCGCUUAUUGUCGUCGUGGCCUCCUACGCCGCUGCUGGCCUUGGUUCUGCUCGUCGCCGUCAUUACAGACGUCGUGGCCAAGGAACCUUCACUGAUCAUCCGACCAACACAGCCAAAACAAACGAAACCAAUUGGUUCAUCUUUGAUAUUGAACUGCCAGCCCGACGUCGAUCAACCAGAAUUUAUCACGAAUCUCAAAUGGCUAGAUCCGCAGAACAGAACGAUCGAUCAAACCUCGACCGCUGGAGCACACGUGACCACAACGUUUACUUCUAGCAAUAAUUUGGGGCUGGUGAUAACUGGUCUUACCGAAGCGGACGUGGGCACAUACACGUGCACUGCUACGUACUCGAAUUCUGAAUAUCUGGUCCGCAGCGUGAUCGUGGACAGUUUCUACGAUAUCACGUGGGUUGAUGCUCCCACUGAACAAUAUCCGAUCGCUGGAACUAGUUACAAAGUGCGUUGCAAAGUCAAGGCUAAUCCCGCUCCAUUGGUCGACUGGUACAAAGAAGACACCAGAAUUCAAGACGGCAAUGGUUUCGUCAAGGAUAUAGACGGUCUGCUAAUCCAAAACGUUACAGCCGAAGACGACGGCCUGUACAAAUGCCGAGCCAUCGUGUUAGACACGGGUAACAUCCUGGACAGAGAUAUCAGAGUCGAGGUUCACAUCCCGCCAACGUUUGCUCCUGAUCAAGUUUCCCAGCUGGAAGUGGUGGAGGGUGAGAUGGCUAGCGUACGGUGCGCGGCCAACGGUAAACCAGAACCCAAAGUUACGUGGAUAAAAAUGCCGGAACAACGAGACCUAAGCGAGGGUACUGAGAGGUACUCCGUGAACAAGCUGACGGGUGUGUUGAGUCUGAAUCGUAUCAGUCGCACUGACAACGGCCAAUUCAAGUGUGUGGCUAAUAAUGCGGCUGGUCAAAUCGAGCGAUUGGUGAACGUGGUCGUGCUCAUCAAGCCAGAAGUGCUGGACGUGACCAAUGUAUCCGUACCCAUCAAUACCGAAGCCAGAAUCAAGUGCUCUGCAAACGGCAACCCUCUGCCGUCGAUCAUGUUCAAGAGCGUGGGCUCGAACGUCGUUAUAAAACCGGGAAUCGAAGAUUAUCGCAUUAGCGUAGAGCACGACACUAUGGGAGACUUGGCAACGGCCACUCUUGUGAUUAAACACCUGAAUCGAUCCGACGAUGGACUGUACACGUGCAUUGCGUUGAACAAGGGCGGUGGGGCGAAGAAAAACGGGCAUCUGACCGUUGAGUUCCCACCAGUGUAUGCCAGCAAUAUGGUCAAGGAGGUGUGGACGUGGAACCGUAAGCCUGUGAACCUUUCGUGCGUAUCCGAGUCUUUGCCGAACGCGUCAAUCACGUGGCUCCUAAACAACCGUAUGGUGGAGGACGACAUAAACGUUCAAAAAUUCGGCAAAGGCCCGUACAGCAAUCUUCAAGUGACGCCGGUUGACCAGCGCUACUAUGGCGUAUACACGUGCCUAACCAAGAACAUUCACGGCGAGAACAACGCGCAAAUCACGCUUAGGGAAGCACGCCGGCCGUCCAAAGUAUCUCAGACCAAGUUCGACGUCGUCACUGCUACGACGAUUUCGUUUGCUUUUGUGGGUCCGACAGACACUGGAGGUAUAAAAGUUAAAGCCUACGCCGUCCAGUACAAAGAGGUGUCACAGACCUGGGAAGAAGCUCGUAAUAAAUCUUGGCCAGUGGACACGCCCUACAUACUGGAAAGCCUGGAAGCGCACAGGACCUAUCAGUUCAGGUUUGCCGCCAUCAAUGACGUGGGUACCAGUGAUUGGGGUUCACAGGAACAGCGCACCAUGCCCAAGAGGAACGCACCCGAAGAACCUAAAAUAUUAGUCAACAAGGACGUGUAUACCGAAGAUUACAUUAACUCACCUUACGGAAACAGCUACGAAGUGAACUGGAAGAUACCGGCCGACAACGGGGAGCCCAUAAAUCUUUACAACGUUAAUUAUUGCGUGACUGACAAGGUAAACACGGUAUGGACAAUCAGAAGAGACUCGUGUCGGUCUGAGGACCUCAGGUCUCCGGACAAGACUGCAUUUUUGAUGGACAAUCUGAAUGCCGACACGUUUUACAAAGUGGAAGUCAGAGCCCAUAACGAUAUAGGAUUUAGCGUACCAUCCGAACUCGUCUUCAAGACUGCGACCGGCGUGGACAUACCUCCCAUGCAACCGCCGUACCCUAACCGGCUCAGCUCGGUGGUCAUAAUCAGCAUCGUCUUGGCCGUCUUGUUCACCGUGUUGGUGGUCAUUGACGUGUCAUGUUACUUCGCCAACAACACUGGUAUCUUAUACAUAUUGUUCGGUAUGUGCUGUCGGAAGAAGAAGAGGGACGAGGACGCAAAACUCGGAAGUUUGUAUGGAUGGCGUUUUCCGUUGCCGUAUUGCAACAACAGCACGGGCGAAUCGUCCAGUAACGGAAACGGUUCUUCUUACACUUCCGACGUAGAGAAAGUCCCCUUGCCAGAUAUGAACUUUGUGUUCGAGGGAAAAGAACUGUUGACCAACGGAAACACCUAUCAGAGCAACAAUUUGCGCAUUGAACCCACCGAAAUGCUAAAAAAGGACACCGAGGUGGAGUACGACGUCAAACGGUCCGUGUCGCAGACUCGUUUCGUCGGCAAGGAUUCAGCCGUUUAAAAACGGGCGCACGCGAACCUAAACCAAUCCGACGACGAUGACACGAUUGCACGAUACUCCACACGUAUUCCGCGUAAAAUGCACAUUACAACGGCGGCGGUGUAUGCGGAGUGACGUUUUCACGACUGACAAAUAUAUUUUGAAUAAAAAAUUCUUAACACUAAUAAUAUAUUAUUAUGAUAAACGCUAUAAUAUUAUAUUAUUAUGAUUGGGGUGUAUAAUUAUAAUUGUACGCGAAACGAUUCGAGUUUGACCGACUAAGUUUCGCGCCGCUCUAGCAUUUAUUUUAUGUAAUUAUUAUUAUUAUUAUUAUUAUUACCGUAGCAUUUUAUACUACCUAGCAACUAUACUAUAAUAUAUAAGUACUACCUAUUAUGUUGCUACUACAUAAUAUUUUUUUUAUCAUUAUUAUAUUAUACACAAUAUACAUUUUACUUUUAUUAUUAUUACUAAACAAUGUUUACUAUUAUAAUAUAAUAUAAUAUUAUAACUACUGAUAUCAUAUAUUAUAUACCGCUACUACCAUGUAAAGCAUUCGUGUCGUGAACCCUCUCCCUCCGCUCCGAUUUGUAGAUAAUAUUUUCAAUGUUCUAUUUUUAAGUGUUUAGUAUUAAGCAUUAUUAAUUUUUAUUAUUUUAUUUUAUACAUUAUAAUAUGAUAAUAAUUAGGUACCUAUACCAAUAACGAUAUUUUGAACGAAUUUUGAUCGAACAAUAAACUCUCAACGACUCGGGUUGAAAACUAUCACAAUAUAAUAAACCCUUUUAGUGUUGUCCAUUCGUACGAUUCAAUAUCAUUCCGAACCAUUUUCGAUACCAAAAAAUAAUAAUAAAUACACAUUUGCAGCUGUAAAAACGCAUGAUUUUAAAGAAUUUAAAUACAACUACGUCAUUUUAAAAAAUAUUAUCCCUGUUCGUGUACACCAAAAGAAUGUAACCGAUAACUGUGUGGCACAUAAAUACACUCUGCUGGAUUUUAUUCGAAUCCGUUCGUUUUUCUCGGUCGAAUCUCGGUGUUUUGAAAAAAACAAAUCAUUACCUAGUACUACACGAUUUUUUUUAUUUUUGCUUUUACAACGGACGUGAUCCGCCCAACGUUUCGGUUGUUUGAUGCUGCUUUGUACUUAAUAAUAAUAUGCAUUUGUCGUGUAAAGAUUAUAUUAUAAUAUAUUAUGUCUUAAAACUAUUUUCGUAUUAUUGUGUAACGAUCGUUUGAUUUGAUGAUUUUUUUUUUAUUAUUAUUACUAUUUCUUAAAUUUGUUCCUACGUACAUAAUUUUUUACUUUUUUUUUUUUUUUUUAAAUUUAAAUUGUGUGAAUAUAUUGUCUGUCGUAAAAUAAUUAUUUUAUAUAAUAUGUAUAUGAUAAUAAUAUUAUAUAUUUUGUGAAAUUUUUGUGAUUUGGUUUUAAGUCGAUUGGUCGACUAUAAACACUAUGAAGUUCUCUAUUAUAUUGCCAUUUAAAGUAAUUAAAACAUAAUAAUAUAUAUAUAUAUAAAUAUAUAAGUUUUGGACUAAGGACCACUUGUGUGGUUCUUACUCAAACGUUUUAUGGUUUUGAUUCUAAAGGCUAAAUUACAUCUCUCCGUUUAUGUUUGUUAUCGCGUAAAACGGCGCUGUCCCGUCUUCCGAUAAAUUCGAACAAUUUAAUCAUUUUCAUAAUAUUAUGAUGUAUAACACUUCUAUAUUAUACAAACUCGUUUUACACCUUUGUACUAUUACCCAAGUAUAAUAUUAUUAUGGUUUUCGAGGCAAUUUUUUUUUUUUUUUAAUACGUGUUUAUCGGCCAUUUAUUUUAUACAUUAUUAUUAUUUUUGCGGAAAACUAAGAAUUACCGAAUGAAAAAAUUUGUUUAUAAAAUAUAUAUUAUAUAAAUCAAUCCUAAUUCGUAUUGUAAAUUAUGUAUAUUAUUAUAUUUAAAUUUACUGUGAAAAAUGUAUUAUUGUUUUUUUUUUUUGAUUUAAGAUUUAUAUUAGCGAUCAUUAUGUCAUCGAUCGCCACUGCCUCGGCUGCCAUCUUGACAUUUUUAUUUUUUAUUUUUAUUAUUGUGACGAGUGAAUUUAAUAAUUCUGUAAAAACGAUUAAAACAUAAUAUUAUAAUAACAUGUAAUGCUUAUGAUUCAUUUAAUAAUUGUUAAUUUAACACAUUUACGCAAUUCAAUAAUUUCUAUUGACUCGUUUGAAAACCGUCAAUACGUGUUAUAUUAUGCUUGUCAAUUUCGGAUUUCAAAACCGACCUUUUAACCAUUUUCCACCCUGUGCUUACAUAACUCGAUAUCAUUGUUGUUGUCUAUAAUAAUAAUAAUAUCUGCAGCGCAGUGUACGGUCAUAAUAUAAUAAUAUGAACUAGCAUCCUCUUCCGUUCAGCGGCGCGUGUUUGUCUUUCGAUGUGCGUAAAUCGUUCAAUAUUAUAUUUUACACCCACCGUCAUAGUGCGCAUCGUGUCGUUUGUUAUUGUUCACCGCUGCAGCGGCGUUUUCAAAACAUUUCGCGCUGAGAAUAAAAUCGCUGCAGGUAAACGUUCUACAACGAACGGUUUCUAUAUUGUUUUUCAUAAAUCUCAUUGGAUGUGUAAAGUCUUUUGCGAUUUCCGUUUGAUUUCUCAAUAAUAAUAUUCUUUAUCAACUAUACCUUCGUAUAUCAUGUCAGUACGUGUUACUAUAAUACACUCUCAAAGAUUUAUUUUUUUUUCGCGCGGACGACGUUUUAUCACGUAUGAACGUGCAUUGUAAAUAACAUAUUAUAUUCUACCCGUAAUACUAUAAUAAUAAAAAUAAUAUAUAUUUUAAUAAUUAACUAUUAUAUAUAAACAUGUGUUACGUUUAAGUGUCAGCGAUAUGAACAAUAAUUAUAAUAUAUUUGUAUGUACGUAGGUGAUAUAUAUUAUAAUACUAUAUAUGUAAUUUACCAAUCGUCU